AUGCCGAGAAACAAUCACCGCCAUCAAAAUGCCAACACCGGCAACAACAACAACCAGAAUAACAAUCAAAUUUCGGGUCAACCCGAAUCUCCUACAAAAUCAAACCCAAAAUUUCUAUCUAUUCUCUUACAAGCCCUUAUAAUGGCUUUCAUAAUCUCCCUUUUCUUCAUUUUUAUUGGUGUUGCCGCCAUUAUUUUCUUGCACCUUUGCAUAGCAGGUGGAGCACUUCGUCACCGCCGUAAUCAACGACGACCCGUUUCAGGAAACAGGGUUUCAUCAUCUGGGUACUCGUUAGAAUUGCUAAAAAUUCUCCCUAAAUCAAGAUUUAAAGGUUGUGAAAUUUGUGCUAUUUGUUUGGAUAAUCUUGUAGAAGGGGAGAUUUGCCGGGUUUUACCCGGUUGUAAGCAUGUUUUUCACUUGAAUUGUGUUGAUAAGUGGCUUUUAAAGUCACCCGUUUGUCCUGUUUGUCGGAGCACCGUUAGGGUGUUGGAUCAUGAGGCUAAAGGCAGAGGUUCUUUUGAUUGGGAACAAUUGUGGGCUGCUUGUGGUUAA